UUACGGAAGAAGAAAUACACCAAUGGUAUAAAGGUUUUAUGAAAGACUGUCCAGACGGUAAACUUACGCUAGAGGGCUUUACUAAAAUAUAUAAACAGUUCUUUCCAUUUGGUGACCCUAGUAGAUUUGCAACAUUUGUGUUCAACGUCUUUGACAAAAACCAUGAUGGUUAUAUUGAAUUCCAUGAAUUUCUCCAAGCUUUGUCUGUGACUUCAAGGGGAAACGUAGAGGAAAAACUUCAAUGGGCAUUCCGGUUGUAUGAUUUAGACAGCGAUGGGUUUAUUACUAAAGAUGAACUCCGAGACAUUGUAGAAUCAAUUUACAAAAUGGUGGGAAAUGCAGUGAAACUUCCGGAAGAAGAAAACACACCAGAUAAAAGAGUGAACCGAAUAUUUGACGUAAUGGAUAAGAAUCAUGACGAUAAGUUAACAUUUGAUGAAUUCCUUGAAGGGUCAAAAAAAGACCCAACAAUUAUACAAGCUUUAACAAUUUAUGAUGGAUCACAUGUAACAACGUGAGAUAUCAAACAUAAUAUUUCUUUUGAACAAAAACAAAACAAAACUGCUACAAACGUGUCAGUGUUGUUUUCUUUGCAAUGAGGAGGGAUUAAAUUUGAAUUUUGACCUUUGCUUGGCACACUAAACAACUGGGUCCAUUUCGGCUUUCACGAAUGUAUGUAAACAGCUUUAAGGCAAUGAGAUGUUAAAGUUGAGCAUUUUGUUCUUCGUGUAUAUAUAAACUGUGAAAACAUUGCUCAGUGUUUUAUAUUGGAUACUAUUUAUCUAAUUGCACGUUUUUUCUCGAAAUUUCCUUGAAAUUAGCAUUUUUUUAAUGUUUUAAGACAAUAUUUACUGGAUCACUUUAAUUUAUUUCUUUCAAAGGUAUUAAAAUUCGUUUUCUAUUAACAAUAUAUUUUAGUUAUUUGAAUAACAACUGUAGCAUUUGCAUGACGGUUAAAAAAAUAAGAUAUAAUGACUAUUUAUUUUUAUGCUGUCAGGAAAGCCAAGUUAUUAUUUUCUGUUGUUUUUUUCCGUAUGACUUUUGUUAAACAUUACAUUAUUGUUAAACAAAUCUAUAUCACUUUUUGUAUUUUUAAAUUUUACACGCUACAAAAUAUAAAUAAUGUUUGCUUUUUUGAUUUGCAAUUAUACACUUUAACAUGAAAGUCAAGGAGGAAAAUAUUGUCAAAAUGUCUUAACAGAUUUCGGCAAAAUAAGUUUAUUCAUUGUGUAUAUUUAAGCCCAUUCCUCAUUUACUCUUUUACUUGUUAUUUGGUUUGUUAAUAAUUUGAAUUAUGUAUGUGUUAGGUGGACAAUGUGCUUAGAAAUGUUGAUGAUUAUACUUGUAAAGUAAUAUUUAAGUUAUAUCUUGCAAAUCAGAUGUACCACUUGUUUUGGUAAUUAUUUAUAUUUAUAAUUUUAGCAUGUCGUUAAUCAACAAAUCAACAUGUAGUUAUUUGAUUCGAAUUAACACAAUAAAGUUAUGUACAGGAAUUGAAAUAUAAAAUAUUCUUCAAAAUAUUCAAUAACUCUGUUUCAUAUUUUUAGAUAUGGCCUAGUUCAAUAAAUCAGUAGAUCUUCACAAUUAAUCAAAAUUAUGUUUUUAAUUCAAUAAAAGCUCUCAUUUCCAAUGCAGUCUAUAGUUCGACAAAAAUCGUUUGUUGAAACAUUUUUUAAAUGUAUCUUAAUCAUUGGAAAACCAAAAUUAGUUUUAAAAACUUCUAUUUUUGUGAUUUUCUGAAAACAAAAAUCUUCCAAACUCAAGUAUCAAAAUUAUGAUAAUAGGAAUAAUGCAUAUACUUUUCUAUCAUGAAAGCUAAUUCAUUUUUGAUGUACAUCGAAGUUUAUUUAAUAAAACAUGUACUCCUUUUUUAUUAGUUAUGUGGCAAUUAAAAUACUGUAAGGUCUUACAUUUUGUAAAUAAGCGUUGUUUCAGUUAAAUUAAUCCACACUAUGUGCUUGUGAAAAUCAAAAUAUGACAGCAAAUUACAAAAAGAAGUAUCUGUAAGUCAUUUAAUAUUAAAAGCAGUUUUGUUACUUACUUUUUUGUAAUUUUAUAUUCUUAUUAUAGCCUGCUUAAUUUGCAUUAUAAUAGCGAACCUUUUAGGGCCUUAAUUAUGCCCAGCAUUGCCUUAAAUUGCAUCAGCGUCUGAUCUAGUUUAUAUAAUCUAAUGUUACAAUACUUCACGAAUAACGACAAUUUCAAACUUAAAAAAAAAGAAUGUCGGCGAUCAAAACUUAUUGAUAAAAUAUCUAGCUGUAUAAAAUUGCUAUUUAGUUUAUUUUUUAUAUUCAGUGGCAUAAAAGUGACAUAUUGGAUUAUUGUUUAUACGUUAUGAAACAUCAAAUUUAUUAUUUCUCAAUUUAUUAAUCUUUCAUAGAUUUCAUACUUACAUAUCACACUAUUAGUAAAAGGUUCAACUCAGAUUUCUUUCUUAUGCACUGUAAGACAUUUCUUUACACAAAACAGUACUGUAAGCAAUUCGAACACACGAUUUACUUUUAUUGAAAAUAAAAUAUAAUAUACCUUU